GUUUUUCUGAGCUUCUUUCUCUAACUUCAUCUGUUUAAAGUCAGACACUAGAGCCCGCUCACCGCUGAGUCUGUCCAGCUCCUCCUUGGUUAAAUCUCUGGCGGUGGAGGUUUUGGUCUGUCCGGGGACACAUGGAGACAAGUCGUCUUUUGAACCCACUUCUUCAGGAGGUGUUGUUUUAAUAUUACCAGGGACACUUUCUUUUUUCGACAGUUCCAUGAUGGUUUUAGAAAAGCUUGGGUUUUGCUGCCUCCCAGUUUCUGUCAGUAACUUUACUAAUCUUUAGUUUACGGGAAAGAAAACAUUUUAACAAGCUUGACAGCAACGUACGUCAUUUAAAUGAUAAAUAACGCUAAAACUAACUUAGUGAUGUUAAAAUAUUGUGCCUAAUUGCAUUUUUCCACAUUUGGCGUCCAUCUUGACCGUCACUUCAAUUCUUCCGUGUUGCAUUUUAAAUUUAAUCCGUUUCUUUCCCUGUGCCGUCCGUAGUAUCCUUGCUCGUUGCUUAAUUAAUAAAAAUACAGUACAUAUUAUCAUACGUAAUUACCUAGUUUGAUGUGUAAUUCAUUUAUUCUUUAUUCAUUGAAAAAGUAAAAAAUUCCAACGUAACCUGUUUUCGGUGACAUUUAAUAACCGGACCGAAAGCGGAAGAGGGGUGGCCGAGUGACGACAGGCAUGUUUUGCUAACGGUUAGCUACAGUAGGCUAACUUUGUUUGUCUUAUAGUUGGCUUCUCAUUCUAAUCUCCCCGAAGUUGCCAGAUGCAGCUUGCCCCUUUGGAAUAUUUUACCUGAAUGUAAAUUUAUACAUUUUUAAAAACCCAGUCAUGAACGGGAGUACGAAUCCACUGCUGGACAAAGAAGAGCAUGUUUUGAAGCUCGGAGAAAGCUUUGAGAAGAGGCCAAAAUCUUCCUUUCACACCAUCAGAUAUGACUUCAAACCGGCGUCUAUCGACACAAGCUGUGAGGGAGAAUUACAAGUUGGGAAAGGAGAUGAAGUUACCAUAACGUUACCUCACAUACCGGGUUCCACACCUCCCAUGACGGUAUUCAAAGGAAACAAGCGGCCAUACCAAAAGGACUGUGUGCUUAUCAUUAACCACGACACCGGGGAAUUCGUACUGGAGAAGCUGAGCAGCAGCAUCCAAGUCAAGAAAACCAGGGCGGAGGGCAGCAGUAAGAUCCAGGCCCGGAUCGAGCAGCAGUCUGUUCGGUCCAGCCAGCCCAGCUCUCAGUUCCGGGCCCCGACCAAGCCUGGGGCCGGGGUCAAGACCUCUCCAUCUCCUUCUAAGGAUAAUCCCUCCCCAGAGCCUCAGCUCGAUGACAUUAAGAGAGAGCUGCGAGCGGAGGUGGAGGUGAUAGAGCAGAUGAGCAGCAGCGGCAGCAGCUCCUCUGACUCAGCCAGCGCCUCUGGGAGUGGCGACGACAGCAGCAGUGACGGCGAGCACGACACCCCCCGACUGCUCAGCCAGCUGUCACCCAACCGCCCCCCCAUGGCCAACGGAGGAGCCGACCGGCAGCAGGGCAACAACCAGCUCAUGAACACACUCCGAAACGACCUUCAGCUCAGCGAGUCGGGCAGCGACAGUGAUGACGACUGAACUUUCUGCGGGUCUCUCUCUCUCUCUCUCUCUCUCUCUCUCUCUCUCUCUCUCUCUCUCUCUCUCUCUCUCUCUCUCUCUCUCUCUCUCUCUCUCUCUCUCUCUCCACACUCCCCUUCCUCCUUUCUGCCUGGUUCACUUGUUUCUUUGCUGUGAUAGCUGACCCCAGCUGUAUAUCUUGGUUUGACUGUAUUUUUAAAUUUUAUUUCAGUAUAUCCUUAAAGCUGGCCAGCCUGGAACUUGAAGAGUGUAUUUUUAUUAGAUGUAUAUUUUGUUUUGUAUAGCAAAACUUUAGAAAAAGAAACUUAUACUUGAGAGGUUUGGAAGAUUAUAUAUUAAAGCGCACAUACAUAUUUUCUGUACUUAGAGCAGCUAGUUUUAUCUACUUCUAUUGUAUCAUCUGUUUUUGUUUUGUCUUUAUGUUAAGACACGGAAGAGAUUGUCUUGAAAUAUCUCUCACCUUGUCCCAUCGUUUAUCAGAGAAGGUUGUGGGAAGCCUCUCCACAUCGACGUGGUGCAUACAAAAAUUGCAGAAUUGCACAGAUCUGUGCAUGAGUAAUUAAUCAAAGAGGAAAAAAAACACAUCCAUUUUUUCAUCAGCUUGUCCAGAGUGUAGAUCAGUGUGGAGCACAAAACAAUCGGCUGUACUCUAUGCCUUCCUAAUUUUAACUUUACUUUUACAGUUGUAGUUUUAAACUGUUUGCUGGUUAUUUUAAAAAUGAAUCUCACCCUUAUUCAUUAGAAAUGAAUAAAGGCUGUGGUGUUAUUCACUAUUUUUGUUAAUGUCAACACAUUCCACUAAAAGACCAAAACGGAAAAUGUGUGUUAGCCUGUCUACUUUCUGACUUCCUUACUUGGAUACACAGUACUUGUUAGGAUCAGUUUGUUGUUGGUAUUGGUCUUUUAAUGGGAUUUGUUGAUAAUAAGAAAGGUUGUCAACCAGUAUUGUUCAUUAAACACUUAUCUAGUUACAAGAUCUAUCUCACACAUCAAAGCUGCUGAUGUUAACGCAGCGUUCAGUGAUUUAUUUACCACUAGGUGGCAGAAAGGACUCAAAAACAAAGUCACAGACAGCAGACCAGAUAUAUGUCAGCUCAUCAUGUUGCUAAUGUGUUGAGUGUAAGUCCAGUAUCUGGUCUCCACCAACUCUUGGCUACAGCUGUUGUUGAGAACCUCACAAACACAAACAUGCAGUCUGCGUGUACAAAAACAAUAAGCUAAUAACAAAGGCUAAAAAUCCCAUUUGAGCUGCAAAGUUGGCUGUUUUUGGCAUUGUUACCAAAUAAAGCCAAUGGCGUGUACACUACAUGCCCUGCAUUAAACAGGGGAGUUGAUAAGUUGGUAAUUUGCUUCUACAAAUGCAUUUUCUCAGCUAUGCGUUGGUAUCGCUGUCAUUACUUUCUUCCUUCUUAUCCCUUUUCAAUGUCACAAUACAGCUAACAGACUCACAGUAUAACCAGUUGCAGUAUCAUAGUAGGUUUUCAGAGAAUUACUGAUGAUAUUAGACCCUCCACUGUCAUUAAUUAGUUGAAGAUAAUCAGUUAAGUUUAUCAGUAGGUUAAAAGUUGGGUCUAGAAUUGAAAUUAUACAGGAUUGAGUCUGGAAAAAGGAAAAAUCCUUUCAGAGAGUUUACAAUAUAUUUUUUUUUAAAUUACCACUAUUCAUUUAAAGUUUGUUGUGUCAGUGUUUUCAAACAGAGAAUAUCAUAUUUUUGAUCCAAAAUGUUAAUAUAAUACUUCUACCGUGGUACCAUUCCAUGCCUUACAGCAUUUCAGUUUGGAAAUAAAGGUGAAUGUGUCAUUGAAUGAAAAUGCCAAAGAGUAGAACCGCCCCUCAUCGUGUGCAGAGAGCAGGAACAUUCACAGUGUAACGGUGUCAUGUCAGUGUAAAUACUGUUUGUGUUGUGUAGUAGUGAAGUCAGUGAUGGUUCCCCUUAUCCGCAGGAGCUACUGGUGUUAGUGAACAUCAUUUGGUGUUGGUUGUACAGUAAAUCAUUAUUAAUUAAAGAAACCCUGAUGAGUUUCGUUGCAAAAUGCAAGUUUUAUUCAGUUUUUCUUUUUGGAAUUAGAAUCACAUACCUGACCUUUUAAAGGGAGAGUCCCUCCUUAUUAAUUAGACAACUAAUCUGUUGUUAUAGUCCUGAUCAACUAAGAAAUCUUUAGUUGAUUUCUUAAUAAGGAAGGAGAAGGAGGAUCUAUCCCCACAGGUGUAUUCACUUAUUUUACCUACUCAGACCUCUUCUCCACACUUUGUACUCGAGAGUGUACAUAAUGUAAGGCUGCAACUCCAUUAUGAACUAAUCUGCUGAUUACUUUCUUAAUUAAUGGGUUAGUUUUGUCUAGUAAAAAAAACAACAACACAGAGCCAAGUUGACAUGUUGUCAUUUUAAUUCAAUAAUAAUUUAUUGAUUAUCGUGCUUGAUUGACAUCUGCCUCACUCUUCUGUUGCACCUAUUAAGGACAAACUUCAACACCCACAUUGAAUGAAAACACCUUGUUUAAAAAUUGCCCCACACUUUCAAUCUUAUUGGGCAAAAUAUCCGUCAUUAGCCGUUUAAAUCCAAAAAUAUCUGUAUCGAACAACCUGCAUCAUUCAUUGGUGUGUUUUUGGCCGAUAAAAUUUUUCAUUGUAAAGUUUAGAGAAUGCCAUCUACAUUUUUAAAUAUGUACUUAUGAACAUAGUACAUUUUUAAAACCCAAAUGGUUUUAUAGCAUUUUGAAAUGAAACCCUUCUAUCACAUGUCACAUUCACUUUGGAGAACAUUGUCAUAUUGCUAAAAUGAUCUGCUGUCAUACAAGGUGUAAAUGUUGUUUAUAUGAGCUAUAAGAUGCCUGUAAACUGUUAUGACCUACCACACAGUUCUCAAAACCAAAAACCGUUUUAAGUAUCCUGCUUUGUAACACAAAGUACCAGUUUACUGUGGAAAUGAACCAUCAUCUAGAUGCAUGACUGUGGACAAUUUGUCAACCCCACACAGCCCAUCAGGUGUUGUCCUACUCAGUUUUUAACAUCCACUGUAGUUGUAGUCAAAGUGGAUGCCAAAUUGUUAAAUGAAGCAGCCCCUGAGGCAGGUGGGCACUAAAGUCACAUUUCCUCUAUGUGUUCCCUCUGAAGUCUGUAAGACACCUCAAACAUUUGAAGUGUAUGUGUGUUGUCUUGUGUUGUCGGAUGGAGUUUGGUGCUUUAAUUCUCCUGUUUUAGUGCUAUGUUUAUGUGAAAUGUGUUUGUACAAAUUUGAAGUGUAUUAAAAGUGUGCAAAUGUAUUUAAAA